GGCUACCACCAAGAAUCAAACAGAAAAUCAACAACGGCCGUGAAUGAACCCCUCAGAAACCCAAAAUAGGGCAAAUCCACCACAACCAAAACAGAACAAUCGACCAACCUAAACCCCUCAAACAGCCAUGACUCAACCGGCCAAAACACCACAAAAAAAUUUGGACAAAACCCAGCCCAGAUCGUAAAGACACGCCCUUGCUCAAUGCCUAUUCGCUGCCGCCCCUGCCCAACACCACCGUAUUUUGGGUUGCAAAUCUUCGUCGAUUUGUUCCUUCCAGCAAGGUUUAUUGAGGGUACACCAUAAGGACCACUGUUCCAGUGGUAGGCGUUCUGAACACCUGAAGGGUUCAGACUAUUAUGUGUAAACUUUGCUGCUGGUGUUAGACAAAUUCAAAGGGUUCUCAGAUGGACCUUUUUGAUGAUCUUCUUGAUGAACCUGCUAUCAACCCUACAGCUCGGGCUGGUGGUAAAUUUCAACCCAAGGCUAAACCACGGCCUAGAAAAGGAACAUCUGCCUCAGUUCCUUCAACAAUCAUUAGAGAUUCAAAGGAAAAGGCUGUUGUACUGCCCAUCACCAAUGUGGAUGCCACUCAAACCAUUCAGCCUGCUGAUACUGUAGACAAUAAAUUGAAUAAUACAGUUGGUUCAUCUCUAGUUACCUCAGCAGAAGAAUUUGUAAAAAGUAAUGAGGAUUUGUUCUCAAGAGUUCCAAACUUAGCUGAUACCACACAAUCCAUAUUAGUGAACCCUCCAUCUCAAGCUGUUGCGACCAGGGAGGAUGUGGGCUCCAUAGAUGCUCUACCUUCAGCGAUUGCAGUGUCUGACAUCAAUGAUGAUUGGCACUUAAGCUUUAGGCAAUCGGAGACUGAGGCAGACUUUACGGGGUUGGAUGUGGACCCUUCUGCUGACAUCUUUCCUGAGCCUACACUUAACUUCACUGGCUCAGAUGCAGCACCAUCUGUUCAUGCUGGUGAUGUUGCAGAUGAUAGACUGGAUUCCUCGGGAUUGGAUUUGGAUCUGUUAUAUGAUGAUAUUCUUGAUCCUCUUGCAAAAUCUAAGGCUGGUGGCAAGUUUAAACCCAGGGCUAAAUCCCACUCUGGAAACAAAACUUCUACAUCAGUCCCAUCUGCUCCAAUUGCUACAGAGGAAAAGGCUGUUAGACUAAUCUCCACAGGCUUAGACACAGCACAAUAUGCUCAGCCAGUUGCAGAAAAUAAAUUGACAAAUGGGGAUGGUAUGUCUGUAGCUACCUUGGAGAUUGUGGUUACUAACCGGCCUUCAAAAGACCAUGAAGGUUCAAUUUCUGACAAGCUUGUGACUGGAGAGGAUGCUGGCUCUAAAGAUGCUCAUGCAGAGGUUGCAACAUCUGACAAAAACAGUGGUUGGCAUUCUAGCAUAGGAAUAUUCUCAUCAGAGGUGGAUUCCAUGGCUUUUGAAUUGGAGCCCUUUGGUGAUAUUCUUCCUGAGCCUACCACAAGAGACAGUAAUGAUGAUGGGGCAGGUUCUCUUUCUCCUUUAGAAAUGCCGACUCUUCUUGCUUCCAAUAAUAAGGAUACUGAGGAAAAUUUUUGUAUUCCAGCUUGUAGUUCUUUUGACUCUUUAGCACUCAGGACAUGUGAUGCUGCAAAGCCUCAUACUUGUCCUUCUCCUGGUACAACCCAAGAUACAGUAAGCUGUAGGGAAGCUCCUGAUUCUAACAAGGAUGGUGAUAUUCAGAUUGACAAUGGAAGGUUGGAAGCAGAGUUUCAGGAAGCUGGGGCCUUUUCUGGCAUCGAAACCCUAGAUUUUAUUUCUGAGGCCAAUAUUGCAUCUGGACGGCGUACUGGCAAGUUUCAACCCAAGCCCAAUAAAAAUACAAGAAAAGAGAAACCUAGUACAGGCAUCUCUCUCCCAGAAGUUGAGUCUAUUAUGCAUCUGCAGGCUCCUCAGCUGAUUCCUUCUGAAACUGGAUACAUGGAUGAGGGCUCAGUUCCUUCCUUUGCAGCUGACUAUCCUUUUCAGGAUAACUCCAUCAGGUUUGAUGAUUUUAUUGCCUCGGAUCCAACAUCUGAAAUUCCAAUGAAUGAAGAAUUGAGAAAUCUUCCAGAAGAUUCUCACUUUUUGGGGGAUAUUCUGCAUCGGAAGGAUGUUCCUGAUAUUCCUGCAGAGGCUGCUGAAAGUGGAAUAGGAGAAACUUCUACAGCAUCAAAUCUUCUUCAGAAACGCAAAAAAACUGCUACAGCUGUUGAAGAGAAUGAUGGUGGCAAAUCGUCAAGGCAGCUGAGGAAGCGAGUAGCUUUCCAACUUAUUGAUGAGGUGGAUGAUGAGGAUAAUGAAAAUGGUGGCUUCUGCGCUGAAGCUCCCAGUACUUCUAAUGUAGACGAAGACUAUGAUGAUGGAAAUAGAGCGGAGAGUACAUCCCAGAAGAAAAGAGCUCCAAGAAAGUCAAAGAAACCUGAGGCUGAAAAUGGAAAAUCUGUAGGAAAGCGUAAGAGGGCCAAUGAAGCAGCAGACCAGUCGACCAAGAAACCUGCCAAAAAAAAAUUUUCUCAUUCAACUCGUCGAAAUAGAGGACAUGUGGACAAGGCUUUACUUGAAACCCCGUGGGAUGAAAUUGACCAUCAAAGGUUGCCUAUCAAGGAUCUCAUUUUGCAUGCAGAGUAUAGGGAGCGAUCAGCAAGCAAAGAGACAGCAAGAUCAAAAACGCCCUUGACCAAUUUAAGGUCUUACAAUUCCACUAAUGAGGAAUCAUCUUAUAAUGGAGAGGAGACCUUUGCUUCAGAACAGGGCAGAGGUUCUGAUGAUGAUGAUGAUCAAUUGAAUAAUGAGGCUCAACCAAGUGAAACUCACAUUAAUUACCAGUCUUUCAUGGACAAAACUCCCAGUACAAGAUGGUCAAAACAAGACACAGAACUGUUCUAUGAGGUUGUUCGGCAGUUUGGGACAGAUUUUUCUAUGAUACAGCAACUUUUCCCCAGUCGAACGCGUCAUCAAGUCAAGUUGAAAUUUAAGAAGGAAGAGCGUCAAUAUCCAUUAAGGCUUUCUGAAGCCCUGACAAGUCGCUCCCAAGAUCAUUCCCAUUUUCAAUUGGUGAUUGAGCGCCUGCAACAAGCUUCUCAGGCAGAAGAACACUCUAAUGUAGAUGACACAGUUGGUGUAACAGGCGAGGAGGAGGAGGAGGUGGUGGAAUUGAAAACUCAAGCUAAGGAAGAAAUGGCAAAGCCUGAGCAGGAUAAGGAAGCAGUACUCGUUAAAGAUAAGGAUGCAGAUGUUGCCGCCGAAGGAGCUCAAAGUCCUGUGAAGUCUGAUGAAAGUGAUGAUGAGGUCUUUAACUGGAGUCAAUAUAAAAGUGAUUAUUAGUUAUAUAAGACUAUCUAUUGGUUUUAUUCAAAACAAAAGGUAUAUUUAGAGGCUUUUCAAGAUGAUUAGUGUACAUUCCAUUUAGUUAGAUGGCUCUUCAACAUCUUUUUGCAAGUUGUAGGUUAGGUUGUUAGUAGUUUAUGCAUUCUAGCAUUAGGAAGAAAGAUCAACUAGUUGGACUAACUAAACCUGUCGCUGCUGGGUGCAUGUAGUGAUGAUGAUUGUUCUUGAGUUGACCUUGUGGUAGUUUUUUGAAAUGAAAGCAUAUAAUUCUCUUAGAAUAAUUUGGACAAGUUGGAAGAAUGUCCAAUCAAUAUAUUUUCUGAUUCUUAUUGAGCAA